AGGAACCAUAAUGUCCAAAGUCCAUAAAACAAAUUUUUUAUUUUCAUUUGUGUUUUCCUUUCCUGUUUUGUGAAUUUCUUUUCAUCAAAACUAUAAUCAUAUCUCUGUAUGUGAAGAAAAGUGUUGAUACCUCUGGAAAAACCAAUCAAUUUUAGCACCCACAACCUUUUCUUACUGAUCUGUUACAAUCAUGUACACUGAAAAUCAACCAUCUCAAUCAACCACUGUGAGCCGCUUAUCACCGACACCUUCGAACAACGAAAGGAACCCCCAAAUCACCAGAUUUCAUAGGUAUCAUGGUGACCACAUAGAGUUAUCAGAAGAUGACACGGUGGCUUAUCGCAAAAAAUCGUUCGCUAAUGCUGUGACGUUCAGUGAAAAGCCCCUACAACCUGGGGAGAUAUUUCUUGUGGAAAUUGAGCAGAAUGAAUCGGGUUGGAGCGGACACAUGAGAUUAGGGCUGACUCAGUUGGAUCCUAUGGGAAUGCAUGCGACUGGUAGUAUUCCACAAUAUGCUUUACCAGAUUUAGCAGACAUUGGUACCUCAUGGAUAUACGGCAUCAGUAAAGCACAUAACAAUGUCUUUGAGUAUUACAGCGACAAUGGUAAAUCGCGUAUUAGAUGCGGCGCUGAUAAAGUCAACAAAGAAACUAACUCUAAUUCUCUCAAAACGUGCAGAGGCGCCGUGCCGGUGAGUCUGCUGAAACCUUCAAGAGCUUUCGAAGACAUUUUGCCCACAGAUAUGGGAUCUAGGAUAGGUGUGAUGUAUGUUCCGACCGAUGCAAAAGAAGCGGAAAUGCAUUAUAUUAUUAACGGUGAAGAUAUGGGGGCUUGCGUUAAGAGGAUACCUUACAAUAAUGCACCGUUGCAUGUGGUUGUUGAUGUGUAUGGGACUACAAAGAAAGUGAGGAUUAUACAGUUAUAUGCUGUACCAACAUUACAAGCAGCAUGCAGGGACGCCAUUCUGUUUCACAUCAAGAAAAAUGCAGUUUCUUUAUUGCCUCUGCCAAAAUUGUUGAAGGAUUACUUACUAUAUCAAACAUAGACGAGUAUAUUUUACUGUAAUAGUUACUAGUUAUUUUUAAUUAAUUUUCUAUGUAUUUUUUGCUUUGAUUUAAUUGUUGUUUGCUAUCUCUAAGGCUAGCAAUUAACAAAAUCUUGGAAUAAAGAACUCAAUUAAUAAAACUACAAAUCUCUAUCCUGAUGACGGACAAUAUAAAUUAACUACAGCUUUUGUUAUUCUACUUAUUGUAUUGAAAGUUAAGGAUUAUUUGAUAGUAGUCAAGUUAUUAUGCCACCAUUGUGGAAUAGUUUAUAUAUAAUUUUAAUAUUAAAUUAAUAAUUUAAAUUGAUGUACUUUUUUGUUGUUAAUUCAUUUGAAGCUCGAAAGUUAGCUUGUAUAGAAAGAUGAAAACCAAUAAAUUCUGCCAUACAAUUUCACCAUGGAUGGAGCCAAGCCAACUUCACUUGGAUGAUGAAGAAGUAUUUUGUAGCAAAGGCAUUUCAUGACUUUGUGACGUACUUAAACAACAACUACUCUUAGAGGUUCCGUUUUUUCUGAAUUUAUAGUAAGAACUGUUAUUAUAUAAAGUCGGUGUAAUGCAUAUUCUAGAUUGUGGAUUUUUGUCCAAUGUGUUUAUACAGAUCCUGGCAAUUUUAUAAGAACAAACAUGUUUGGAUUUGUUGAGUUAGUAAGGUACUUUUAAGUUUAUGAAUUAUUGCAUUUUACAGGAUGUUAUACAUUUAUUUAGGCAUAAUACAUAUUUUGUUUGGUUUAUUAAUUUCCUAUCUAUUUCCAUGUAAAAGUGUCCAAAACUGACCCAAUAAGCCUCCUUUUGUUUGGCUUAUCAGGUGUAAACCUAGAGAAAUGUCUUAUUAGCUAGAACCGUUUUUAAAUGAUUUUCUACCUUCAGUUGACGACUGAAUUAUUCGAGCGAUUCUGAAACAUGUGAAGGAGCAUUUGCGUGAUUAAUUUAAUGGGGUUUUAUUUAAAUUGUGUAGAAUAUUCGAAUGAGAUGCAUCAUACAGAUUCAGACAAAAUAACUUUUUUAGAAGUGUUCUGGAGGUUGAAAAGGGAGAAAAUAAAUUUUUAAAACAUGGCGUCAAACUGAGUAGGUUCUUUGAUUCCACGCCCUGUUCUCAAACCGACAAAUUCUUACAUUAAAAUCUUAUAUCUGAAUUCAAGUAGCUGUGUUAUCAUGCAAAAACUGUUCUAGCUGGACCCUGUGAGCUCUAUUAAUAUGCAUAAUAA